AUGUCCUGGAAGAAGGAGCGCAUGAGUCCACCUCCUUGUUUCAUCCAGCGACUGGACCACCUUGUGUUGACUGUGAAGAGCAUUGAGGACACUGUGGACUUUUAUUCCAAAGUCCUUGGCAUGGAGGUGGUCACUUUCAAGGGAAACCGCAAAGCCUUGCAUUUUGGCUGCCAGAAGUUUAACCUCCAUGAGGCUGGAAAGGAAUUUGAACCCAGGGCUCGAUACCCGGUCCCUGGUUCUGCAGAUGUUUGCCUUAUCACGCAGAACCCCAUUGAGCAGCUGCUCGAACACCUGAAGGCCUGUGGGGUGAAGGUUGAGGAAGGUCCUGUGGCCAGAACUGGUGCUAUGGGUCCGAUUACAUCCGUCUACUUCCGAGACCCUGAUGAGAACCUGAUCGAGGUUUCUAGGUACAACUCGGAUGCAACAGGCACGACUGUAGUUAGCAGAGGGGAACAAUAA